AUGUCAUCUUCAACCAUGGGCGUCCAGGAACCAGCGCCGAAGAAAAGGACCCGGGUCAGUCACACCAAAGUGCGUACGGGUUGUCGGACCUGUAGGAUUCGCCAUAAGAAAUGUGACGAAACCCGGCCCAUCUGUCGCAUGUGCAGCAGCACUGGUCGGAUAUGCGAUGGAUACCAGCAAACCAUCGAUAGAAGAACGCGCGCUUCCAAACUCCGGCUCGCUUCAACAUCGCCGUCAUCGACUAGCAGCUCAUCUUCAACCGUGAGCGUGCCGUCGUCCUUAGUGUCGGAUCUGAUCUUACACACCAAUGAAAUCGACCUCACCCGGCAGGAGCGUUGGUAUCUCGAUUUCUUCCGCAGGAAUACAGCUUUCCAAUGUUCCGGUUACUUUGAUGAUGACUUCUGGCUGCGUCUAGUUCACCAAGUCACCGAAGCCGAGCCAGCGGUCCGCCACGCUGCCAUCGCAUUAAGUGCCCUCCACUGUAACUUUGAGCGCACCACUACCGGCCAGGGGACCAUAGACAGCCGCCUACCUCUUCAACAAUGUGUCAAAGCAAUAUCCUCACUGCGACACCAGCUAGCGGGUGGAGGAGUUCCAUCCAGCGCCAACAUGGAAAUAACACUCGUGACCUGCGUACUGUUCGUCUCGUUCAUGUUUCUGCAGGGUGAUACGCAAUCUGCCUGUUGUCACUUGCGUGGUGGUCUCAAACUUCUUAAGGAAUGGAGAAGCACCGGCAAGCCGGGAUAUUCUACCACAGGUGCAGUACUGAUGAAAGUAUUCGCCCGUCUACAACUACAGUGGUCAACUUUUGCCGACGAAGUCUUCAUUGAGGAGGUGGAUAGCAACCGCUGCGACGCCCCCUACAUGGAGAUCAACGAUCUCAGUCUUGAAGAGCCGACCGACAGCUUAGAAAAGGCCGGCAGCCUGCUCGUCAGACUAGGCCGACUCGUCCUGACUCCUAAUCCCUCAGACCCCUCCUCACCAGGCUACUGCACUGUCCUAGACAGCAGACGCAUGGCCAUCCUCAAUAAGCUUCAACGCUGGACCACCGAACUCGACGAUUCAAUGACAUGCACCGGCAACACCCUACUCCUCCGCGACAGCACCAUCCUCACCGUCCUCAAACUCUGGAGCGAAAUCAUCUACAUCAUGGCCGCGACAGAAACGCGCCUCGGUGGCAGCGAGACACGCUUCGAUGCCUUUCACCUCAACUUCGGCCGAGCCGUGGCGCUCGCUAAAAUCCUGCUCCUGUCCACACCCGCCCAAUCAACCAUGCCCAACUUCUCCAUCGGGAUGGGCAUCAUCCCUCCUCUUUUCUUCUGUGCCUUCAAAUGUCGCGACUGGUACAUCCGGCGAGAAGCAGUACAAUUACUCCGCAGCUGUCAGAGACAGGAAGGUCUCUGGACAACGCCGGGGGCUGUCCUCGUCCUGGAACGAUUGAUCGAUAUCGAAUCUAAAGGCCUCAUGCCGGGAGAUCUGGUUCCAGAGUCACGCCGCAUUGACUCGAUACAUGUGAACAUUCUUCCAGAUGAUCAUAAGAUUGGGUUAUGGUAUCGUCGAUCGAGCCGGCAGAUGGGAUUGGACGGCUCGGGGAUGUGGGAGAAGGCACUACUGGAUUAUCAUGUGGGGUGA